AUGUUUCUCAAAUCGUCGCCCUUUUUGAGAACGGUGCGAUGCAAGUCGUCGAGCCUGACAUCUGCUCUUGCGUACAAGCAGCUCCACCGUAACCAAAAAAGACCUCCACUUCCAACUUUUGAAACGCCAAAUUGGUCGGCCGAUUCAGCGGUUCUGUCCAUCUUGUAUGAGACUCCUUUACCCUCCAAAGCGCCCCGGAAACAACAUGUUUUGAAUUGUUUGGUGCAGAACGAGCCUGGUGUGUUGAGUAGUGUUUCCGGAACUCUUGCAGGACGUGGAUUCAACAUUGAUUCGUUGGUGGUUUGCAACACCGAAGUGAAAGAUUUGUCACGAAUGACGAUUGUUUUGGCCGGACAGGACGCCGUGGUGGAACAAGCACGUAGACAGAUCGAAGACUUGGUCCCUGUGUACGCGGUGUUGGAUUAUACCAACUCGGAGAUCAUCAAGAGAGAACUUCUCUUGGCCCGGGUUUCCUUAUUGGGACCAGAAUAUUUCCAGGAAUUGAUUGCCACUCACAAACUGCAAACAGAUGACAUUCCCGACUUGUCUGCCAGCGAACUGCAGUUCCACCCUACAAACUUGGCGCCAUCCGAAGCAUUGAGACAGAAACACUCGCAUUUGAGUAGCAUUCUGACCAUCACCGAAAAAUUCGGAGGACGCAUUGUGGACAUCAGCGACCGCAAUGUGAUUGUGGAAUUGAGUGCCAAGCCUUCGCGGGUGUCGUCAUUUAUCCAAUUGUUGCAUCCAUUUGGGAUUUUGGAGAUUGCCCGUUCGGGUAUGAUGGCACUUCCAAGAACGCCGUUGGAAGCGUUUGAACAAGACGAAGAUUUGGAAGCUUCGGAUAUCGUGGAUGUGUCGCAGUUGCCACCGGGUUGA